AGGGUUUUCCCAAGUUUUCCUUCAUCGACGUUCCCGAAUCACUACACAACGGUGACAGGUCUGUAUCCUGGACAUCAUAACCUAGUUGCCAAUAUGAUUUUUGACCCUGCAGUUGCUGGAAAGCCACUUUAUUUGGGUACACAUCAAAGAGACGAAUUUUAUACCGAGGAACCUCUGAAUCGAACACUAAAAUCGGUGGAUAGACACUUCAGAGAUUUUCUUGAGACUCUAAUGGAAAAAGGCUAUCUGGGUUGCAUCAAUCUAGUUAUUGUAUCAGAUCAUGGAAUGAGCCGAGUUCGAAGUCAUAUUCUGCUCAAUGAUUACGUGAAUGUAGACGACUUCUACGCUACAUAUGGAUCUCAAACGCAAAUUUUCCUGAAAAAAUCGACAAGUGUGACGGAAGAUGACUUCAAGUUGCUUGGAUGUCGUACUGGAAAAAAUGCUCGUAUUUUUUCUCAACCAACGAUGCCUAUUCGAUUCCACUAUCCCAAAAAGACAGCACGAAUCGGCGACUUGAAUAUGUUUCACAGAGGCUCUGGUGCCGUACGUUGGGAUCGUCAUGGCACUCACGGGCAAGACUAUAUCGAACCGCCUUUGCAUACCAUUAUGUUUGCUAUGGGACCAAGUUUCAAGGAAAAUUACGUGCUACCUGCCUUCAUGAAUGUGGAGUACAUGAACCUAUGGGCAAAACUAUUAGGCAUUCCUUUGAUGAAAAAUGAUGGUGACCCUGUUUUCAUGGAUAUGGCUCUACGAAAUCACACGACGCCACACCCGAACUACAAGGAUACGAGGGUAUGUACUACGAGCAGCUCCCCGCAGUAUUGUGGUGCUUGUUCCAAGGAAGAGGAGGACAUCAUCAAGAAAUGGGCCACAUGCAAAAGCAGCCCUAUUUCUCAGGCUAUCACCUUGCAAGAGUUCCCUGAAUCAAGUGGAGACUUCUGUUUCUUAGUGCAUUCUGGCACGUUGAUCGAGCUGUAUAAUCGCGAUUCCGAAGAUGAAAAACUCUCUAGCGACUGCAUUUUCCAAUUAACCGAGAAUAGAGAGACGCAGUGUGCAGAAAUGAAAGAUGCCAAGAAGUUCAUGAAAAACACGAUAUCUGCUUACCCUGAGAACGUAAUGGCGCAUGAGUGGAACCUGAUUCCUCCACUGAAACCACGUUUCAUAGAAGUGUACUUGGACCCACUGAAUAAUUACACACGAGAGAUUGUUUCCAAACGUGGUCAAGUGAUUUCUAUCACUGGAUGGGUAUACAACUACAACUACGAUGGCAUGUAUUCAAAGCUGCAGCCACACAGAACCGAGCCUACUCAUAUAUUUCGGAUUUUAAUUGCAUGCAAGAAGAAUUGGUCAGAAAAUGGACCUUAUUGUGAAAAGUCAGAAGACACUGAGGCCUUAUCCUUCAUUUUACCUCACGUGGAAAUCGAUCAUAACUGCCUGUCCCAGAAAGAGCUACUACUGCAGUAUAGCGCAAGAGUAAAAGACGUCGAACAAAUUAGCGGACAGUAUUUCAACUUGACCAAAUUGCCGUAUUUGGAGCAGCUUAAAUUGAAGUUGCAUGUUAUCACUGAGCUAUGGUAG